GUAGCAUUGACCAUGCCCACUGCAAAGUGCACUCUCUCUUCCUCUCUGGUGAGCACAUAUAUCCUCUGGCGAUAAAAAUUAAAAAAAAUAAAGAUACCAUGCCCAGUUGUAUAUCUUGAUACAAAUCUGUAGCCUAAAAAAGAAAAAAACAUGUUGGCUUGGAAUAUAUGUUUAUAAAAGUAGGUAACAUUGAUGAUACGUAAUUGUUAAAGUUUAAUUUCUAAGGAAUACAUUAAGAAGACUACAUCCUUACUGCUCUGAGUCCACUUUGAUUGGCUCUUCCCUUUAGUGGGUUUGUUCCAUAAAGUUCAGACUACCGUCUCCUGGCUGACUCUAUCACUGCAGGUGAUGGGAGUCAGUGAAAUCAUAUUUGGGAAGGUGUUUGGUAAACUGUGACACACAAUACAAUAGAAGAUGGUGGUGGCAGUUGGAAGGGUACUGGAGAACAACGGAAGAUUCUGUUCAUCUGUUCUGAUGCCCAGCUUCAUGCCGAUCACUUGGAUAUCUGUCAGAUGGCUUCUUUAAUUCUCUGAGAAAGACAAAAGACAAUGAAAGAAGUAGAUAAUCUUGAAAGCAUAAAAGAAGAAUGGGUUUGUGAAGCAGGUUCUGACAAUCAGCCUCUUAGUGAUAAUCGACAAAUGAAUUGUGACUAUUUUGUGGAUAGCCUUUUUGAAGAAGCACAGAAAGUUGGUGCCAAACGCUUGUCCCCCACCGAACAGAAAAAACAGGUAGAUGUAAGUAUAAAAUUAUGGAAAAAUGGAUUCACGGUCAAUGAUGAUUUCAGAAGUUACUCUGAUGGUGCAAGUCAGCAGUUUCUGAACUCCAUAAAAAAGGGGGAAUUACCCUCAGAAUUAAAGGGAAUUUUUGAUAAAGAGGAGGUGGAUGUUAAGGUUGAAGACAAGAAAAAUGAAGUAUGUAUGUCUACAAAGCCUGUGUUUCAGCCCUUCUCAGGACAAGGUAACAGGCUGGGAAGUGCCACACCAAAAAUUGUUUCAAAAGCAAAGAGUAUGGAAGUGGAAAAUAAAAAUAAUUUGUCUGCUGUUCCACUGAAUGACUUGGAACCCAUCACUAAUGUACAGAUUUGGUUAGCCAAUGGGAAAAGGAUUGUCCAGAAAUUUAACACGUCCCAUAGGGUAAGGCACAUCAAAGACUUCAUUGAAAAAUAUCAAGGAUCUCAAAGAAGUCCUCCCUUUUCCCUGGCAACAGCACUUCCUUUCCUCAAGUUGCUAGAUGAAACACUUACCCUGGAAGAAGCAGAUUUACAGAAUGCUGUCAUCAUUCAGAGACUCCAGAAAAUGGCUGAGCCUCGCAGGGCACUUUCAUGACAUUGAGUUUUACUAGACUACAUGGAAAAAGUGGAUGGUUGUAAGGGGACAUGCAAACCAAAAUGGAGAAAAGAGGUCAGAUUCACUGGACUUUUGCCUCAAGUACUACUUAACUCUCUCCUGAUAAGAUUUUUAAAUAAGUACAAGGUAGGAAAGCAACAUAUGACUGGAAACGAUAUCCAAUGCACUUUUUCCAAAGGGAUACUCAGAGAAAAAAGGUAUGCUUAUUUUCAAAUACCAAUUAACCAGUACAAGAUAUAUUAAAUAGCUAUAUCAUUUAGAAUCUUAAUGUGAUAUAAAUUAGGAAAUAUGUUCACAACAUCAGUCAUUCAAACAUCAUUCCCAAAAAGCAGGGAUUUAUUUAAAUGUUAGCCAUCUCAGAGUUCUAUAUGGCAAUACAUUAAAAAAUUAUAUAUGGCAGUUUAAAAGCAUCAAUAGUUAUUCUAUAACUCAGAUACAAUCAAAAGACUGGAAAGACCUGUUUUCAUCAAACCUAAACCUCAGAGUAUUCUCAGUGUCAUUCAGCAAGAUACAUACUUACGUAUUAAUUUAGCAACAGUAUCUAAAAUGUAUUUUAAUUUAAGAAUAAAAUUUAGCAUUUGAGAUUAGCCAUUCAUUUGCCCCCAUUCACUUAGAAUCUGAAGCCCAUGUUGUCACAUUACUAACUAAUGAAUAUUUUAAAAACAAAUCACAUAUUUUCUAUUUCAUAUAUCAGAGUCACCUUGUCUAUACAUUAAAGGAUUAUUUAUUACCUUCUGAUGUCACCAGGAUAAAAAUACUUUGUAUCUUACCCUUUUAACUAAAACCAGUUAGUUCUCAAAUCUCACUAUUAGAUUGAAUUGCCUUGCCUGUAAAUAAGUUUUACAAAGUUUUAUUGCAAGUGACUUACCGAAUCAGAUUUAAAGUGAACUGUAAAUGGAGUGUGCCAGAGAACCAAGUGGCCCAUAUCAGCUAUAAUCUUCACAGGCCGCUAGAUGUGUGCUACACAGCUGCAGUUCUCAAGCCCUUUGGCUUCAAGGUAUUUGGUUUAUGUGGACUGUGGCUAUAUGAAUAAUAUAUUAAAUGCUAAAAGUUUUUAAAUAGUUACUCGUUUAAAAACAAUAACCUUCAAACAAAAAGUUUUAGUGAGAAAACCAGCUUCGUGUUCCAUUUUUGCAAGGUAUCUUUACUGUCUGGCGCAAGGAAGACAGAUUUGCAUCUCUCCUUACAUUCCAUCUGUUGUGAUAUUACACAUAAUAUAUCCUCUGGAAAACACUUCUGUACACUCAUGCGAGAAUGACAAAGGAGCAAAUUAUGCCUUAGUAUGAUUCUGAAGAAAGUUUUGACAUUGCAGUUCUCCUGAAUGGGUCUUGGGAAUCCCCUGGGGUCCCUCAAUCACACUUGGAGAAGCAAUCGCAUAAGGCAGUGUUUUGCAGUGCUUCUUAAUUGCCGUGAUCGUGUCUAUUCCUGCCACAUACUACAGACAUCCAUGGUAUUCGGGGUGAAUCCCAGAUCUCCGUGCUGUUAUUCUCCAGUGAUUCUAUGCCAUGUGGUGGAAGUGAUGCUUUGCAGGAAAUUCUGCACUGUGGUUCCACCUUAAGAAAAUAAAUCCUGCAUGCUUCACCAUGGACAGUGGAAGAUCCACUGAAAGACCCUUUAAGUUUUAUCAUGGUCCCUACACUUGGCUCUCAGAGAGGAUGAUCCCUUUGAACUAAUAACCUAUGCUCUUAUCGCCUGUAGCACGGCUGAGACAAGUCUGAAGCAUUUAAAUGAGGUUUAAAUGUUUAAAAUAAAUUAACAAAAGGGAACUAUAUACAUAACCAGGUGACCGGGUUUAUAAAAUGUAUCACCUGUUUGCAGUCUGUUUUAAGAGUGCUUCCCUUUCUAGUUGCCAACCUUCAUGUGGCAGAGAUUUUUUUUUUUUUUUGGAAGAGAGGAAGGACAAAGGACAGAGCCUUUCCCUUUGCACUUAACUCUCAGUAAUGAUCAGGUACAUAGAAAAUAAGUAUUUGUUGUCAGUAAUGUUUACGCAGCAGGAUUAGAGCCUUUUCUCUAAUAUCAUUCUUAUUUUAAAUGAAGGAAGGAUGAUAACGUCAAUGAACUUAUCUUUCAGAUAUAGAAAAUAACUGACGAUGAUUGUUAAUAUAUGUUCAUCAGUCUGUAAGGAAAUGUUUCAUAUAAGCCUAUCAUGAAGUACUUUCAUUUGCAUGAUUUUGAUCAAUAUUUUCUUCUCCCUAUAUUUCUGUAAAAAGCCUCAUCAGAAUAUUUCUUAUGUACCUACAGGAAAGCCUCCUUUGUGGAUUUUCCAGUUUAUAAUUAUUUAACCAAAAGAUGCAUUGGAGGUUCUCUUGUGUGCACAUGUAGAAUAUAUCCCAGUGAGAAGUUCCCAUAGAGAAAGAUCUGUCAUGAGCAGUAACCUCCAACUUUGUGUCUAUGGAAACUUUCAUUAAUGUGAAUAGUAUUCUCAAAGGUUUUCUAAAAUGAGAAUAAUAGAUAAAGCUUUUUACCUGAAACUUUAAAAAUUAUGAAGUUUUAAGCUAAAUGUGUAGAAUACUUAAAACAGGUUGACUUUGGAAACUUAAGUUGGAUUUGUCAUGAGAUGGAAACGCUAAAAUAAGCAAGCAUCUUAGGUGUGGAAUACAAUUUGACCUGGGGCUGGCAGGUGGCAUGGUGGUUAAUGAGCUGGACUCCCACAUGGCCAACCGUGGUGUGAGUCCCAGACCUGGCAGCUUGCCUUCUCACUUUCUCUCUCUCUGUCUCCCUCUGGUCAAAUUAAAAGAUAAAUAAUAAGGAGAAAUAAAAUUAAAUAAAUAAAUAUUUUUUAAAAUAAAAUAGAAAAACAAUUUGACCUAAGCAGUUGUUUCAAAACUGUCAUUAGUCAGUUUCUUGUAAAUAAUUGUUAGGACUAAUAUAGAGAAAUACAUUUUUAAUUUUAUAGACACUGAUUUGUUGGUUAAAUUGCUAUGCAUCAUUUUGGCGAAAAAAAUCUUAUUUAUUUUCUGUACUUUUCUCAUUCAAUACACAUCUCAUGAUGUUUCAGUAUGUUGCUAAUACGUAUGUGUGUGUCUAUUUCAGUGCCUUACAGUAUUUUUAAACAAUCUUUUGCUAAUGGUUAAAGAACUGUUCUCUUAAGGAUGAAAUACUGUUCGUUAAGAGGAUCUGUGAAAUUAUUCCACUUGUUAUAAAGUAGUUACAUUUGGGUGCAUUAGUAGGUUUGAGAAUCACCAUUUUUUUAGGUGCCUUUACUUUGACCAUUACUUUCAGUUAAUCCUCAGAAAUGUGAAACUGUGAUGUUUUUACAACUAAUCAAAUGGUUGUUUAUUUUUUAAAGCAUUCUUUGUGCCCUAAGUUGAACUAGUGUUGAAGACUAGUAGGAUUUACUCCUUCGUUUUUUCUCUUCCUAAGUAUAAAUUGUUUAACUUAAAAAGUGCUCAUCACAUUAAAUCCUCAAAUAGAAGUGGCUCAUUCAGUAGUUUAAUAUUUGGUUCUUUGGGGGGAAAAAAUGGUUCUUUGUCAUUUGUUUUAAAUGUAUUUCUUUUGGCACAGGUAAUUCAUAUCUCUUGUAAAAAUAUUUAAAUGCAGAUAUGCUAAAAUGAUCUAUAAAUCAGCUAUUAUUCCAUCAUUCGAAGAUAACCCAGCCACUAAUAACAUUUUGGUGUGCAUCCUUUCAGAUAAUUUUCAGUGUGUCAGUUUUUAGUUUGUUUUCAUUAAAAGGCUGCUACCUUGGU